AUAUCAGUUUGCCGGUGCACGCGGAUUACGCCGCCACCAAAAGUUUUACGCUUUACAAACACGUUACGAGUGCUUAAACAAUAACAAAUCUAUUGUGUAGUGUGAUUGUGGCUGACAGGAAUUAUCUCUUUGGAUCUAAAUAAUAUCGCACAAUGGCCAGCUACCAUUUGGGUGCAUCAUGACCGAACAACCAAAGAAUAAUGACGCAAAAUAAUGCGAGGAGAUAAUGUAAUGGAGGUGCCCUUUUUUCUACUGGUAUUAGAGUUAACCUUCACCAUUGUGAGCGAAGCAGUACAUCCAGGUUGCGAGUGUAUCGUCUUCUCGGCUACAUACGGCAAAGAAAAGGGUACCUUCAAAAGUCCCGACUUUCCAAAACCCUAUGCUCCCAACAUUGACUGUCUCCUUUACACCUUUAUUGGAAGCACCGACGAAAUAAUUAAGUUGAACUUUCUGGAUUUUGACGUUCGCAAAACAAAUCUUGAUUGUAUUCGCGGCGACUACUUGAAAGUUUUUUUGCACUUGGAACGGGGAGAAGUGAAUGAAUACACGCCGUGGGAAACAUUACUUUGUGGAGGUCUUGCAGACAUUCCCACCGUACUUUACUCAUCAGGAUCUGGACUUGUUCUGGAAUUUCAUUCUGGACCUCAUACAGUUAAUUCCACUGGAUUUUCAGGAACCUUCAAGUUUAUUGAUAAAAGACUAUUUAAGACAGACGGUUUAAAACUACCCAGCACUAUGUGUGAUUACCAGUUUCCAAGUUCAGACCAAACUCAAGCUUAUGGAAAAUUCUACUCGCCUAGAUAUCCUUCAACGUACCCCAAAAAUAUACGAUGCUCCUAUCGUUUUCGGGCCAGAUAUAAGGAGCGGAUACGCAUCGUGUUUGAAGAAGUUACCUUACAAAAAGGGGACUUGAGCUGUCUAAACAGAGCCGACUUAAUACGAGUAUACGACGGAAAAACAUCAGCCGAUCCCGCCAUUAGAGUCCUAUGUAAUGAAGGUACCGAAUUAGAAGUCUUAUCAACUGGAUCAGACCUCCUCAUUGAAUUCGUUGCAAAUUCCGAUUGGCCUGGGCAAGGGUUUAAAGCAAGCUUCCAAUUUCAACCAAUGGAAGAUAACUCGAUAGAUUCCAGUCGACUCAAUCGUCCAGGGAGCUUGUCACUACCGCCAGACAUUGAACCAAACGUUAGCGAAACUAGAUCCAGUUGUGAUGUAGUGAUAAAUAGCGAUACGAAUAAAAACGGUACGAUAGUAAGUCCUUCAUAUCCUGCGCCCUAUCCAUCACGGACGACGUGUAGAUACGAGUUUCAAGGACGAGGAAAAGAAAGGGUCCAAAUCGUCUUCCAAGAUUUCAAUUUGUAUCGCUCCACGGACGACUCGACUGAGUGCGACAACCAGGAUUCCCUGAUGGCCUUCGUCCACAUAGACGGUAGAAUGGAAAAAAUCGACAGUUUUUGCGGCAACACAUUGCCGAAACCUGUCAUGUCCAAUGGUCCUAGACUAAAGCUAGAAUUUCAAAGUCUUUUCGCGUCGCGAUACUCAAGAGGCUUUAAAGCGACUUACAGUUUUACAGAAAAUUUUGGUAUUAAAACCGGCACGCAAUUGUCGGAUUACCCAUGUGCCUUCGUAUUUAAUAGUAAUGAAUCUAAAAAUGGAUUUUUCUACAGCCCCAAUUAUCCCGGUUUGUACCCGAGAGACACUGAAUGUCACUACUUUUUCCACGGAAAUAUCAAGGAAAAAGUGCACUUGCACUUCAACUACUUCGACGUUGAAGGAGUGUUACCCUGUGAGGCGAUUUCGGCCAGUGAUUAUGUCGAGUUUUCCAACUUUAUGACUCGUGAUCGAAAAUACUCGCGACAUUGUGGGCAAUUAAAGGAGUUUAGUAUCGAAUCCGAUCGAAAAUUUUUUCGAGUCACGUUUCGAUCCAAUGAUCGUCUCGAUGGAACCGGUUUCAACGCAACUUACCAGUUUCUGGACGAAGUGGAGACUUAUACUGCCAAAACCGACAAAACCAACAGCAGCUGCGCUAUUGGUAAACCGGAGGAAGUGUUUAUUAUCAUUUUUGUAUCAGUGUUAAUCAAUAUAUCGACAUAAACAAAAAUAAACAAUAAACAUUUCGAAAGCAAUACGAUUUUAGGACGAAUUUUACAAAUGUGAAAAUAAUCUUCAUGCAUUUGUACAUUUAAAAGGCUGUUUUAAAUUCUUGAAAACCUAAUGUUUUUAUUUUUUUUAAGUAAAAUCUUCCAAUUUGUUAAAAAUCUGAUAGUUUAACUCACAUAUCUGUAAGGUUCAUUUAAUCAUCAAAGGAAUGGUUAAUAAAUGAGCUAAUUGUUAAACACUGAAUUUUUUUCAGUCAUUGGAUUUAUAAAAUCUAUUGUACAGGGUGUUCCCUUUUUAUUGUUAUAAAUUUAAAAAAAAGUUAUGUAAGGGAGCUACACCCCUCAAAAGGGGUACGGGUACGUUUUUAAAUGUUUUUUUCUAAUAUUUCAGGAUAGAUAAAACUACAAAAUUAGAUAACCUUUAUACACCUAAACGAAUUCCAAGAUAAAUGUCAAAAUGUUUAAUCAGGGGCGUCCUAAUUUUAUUUUAUAUUUUUAUGCUGUUUAUGGUCUGUAACAUAAAUUGUAAACUGAUUUUACUCAAAAUCGGUAAGUGGAAAAACGCAACAUCUUUUUUAUGAAAAACUAUGAAAUUUCGAAUUUUGUUGAUGAAAUAAGUAGUACUUUUUACCCUAAACCUACUCAGUUUCGGAAGCCCUUAAUUAAAAAUUUCAACAUUUUAUCUUUGAAUUCGUUUAGGUGUAUAAAAGUUAUCAUCUAUACCAAAUUUUGUAAUAUUAUAUAAAGUGGUUUCGUUUCAGAAAUAUUGGAAAAAACCUAUUGCGUAUCAUUUUUCGAAACAUGUUCAUAGGAAAUUUUAGUCUUAAAUAUCUAUCUCAUGUUUAAAUUUGUGACAAUAAAAACGAAACACCCUGUAGUUUGUGUUAUGCAAAAUAAACCGAUUCACUGUACUAAGUUUAUGAUAAAAUGUUAAAUUGUAGACUGUGAAGACAAGGACCCUUUGUAUAUAAAAAUAGUGCACAAU